AUGAGUCUCUUGACCUUUUUCUUGAUCUUUUCUCAGGUCUGCUCUUUGUAUUCUGUACAAGCGUUGUCUCUCGCUAGAGAUACCAUUGAUCGAUCGUCAACGAUAGAGAAAUUGGACUUUUCUCAAAGUCCACACACUCUCGACUCUGCAUCUUCAUUCCAGGUCGAAUUUGAUGUUCCUUAUGAGCGUCAGCGAAUCACACUGAACCUACAACCUUCCAGAAAUGUUGUAUCUCGUCUCACUACCGUUGAGCACAUCAACUCCACAGACAACCAUGGUGUCAUCACUGAUAUUCAGAGCCAGCGACCUCUGUUAUACAAAGGUGUAGCAUUUGUAAAUGAUAUUGAGAAGCAGACGCAAAGAAGAGUAGGAUGGGCACGAGUAAUGAUGCGAUAUCGUCAAGGUCGACACGUCAUUGAAGGCACCUUCACAAAUGAUGGUACUUAUCACCAUAUUUCACUGGAUUCAAAUUAUCGCCAGGCACGACAGAUUCAAGAUGGACAACUCAAGAAGAGAUCUAAGCGAAUGGUAGUAUGGAAGCAAGCAAGGGACGAAAGCGUUGGAGGUCUUUCGCAAAGAUCAUCCUCAGAUGAGCCGACCUGUCAGGCCCAUAGGUACAAUGACCGACGCCGCCAGGCUUCCGAUGACCAGGAUGCCCACCAUCCUCUACUGACCCGACAGGACGUCAACGAUUGGUUUGACCCAAGAGACGUGAUUGGAUCAACAGAAGGAUGUCCAAACUCACGAAGAGUCGCCUUGAUAGGCAUUGCCGCCGACUGCUCAUACACGGCAGAAUUCGACAACAUGCAAGAUGCUCGAGAUAACAUCAUUUCGCAAGUGAAUAUCGCAUCCCAAGUCUACGAAGACACGUUCAACAUCGCACUGGCCAUUCAGAACUUGACCAUGAGUGAUCCUUCUUGUCCUAAUGACGCACCGCGAUCGAUGCCUUGGAAUCUUCCCUGCACGGCAAACGUCGAUAUCAACGACCGAUUGAACUUGUUCACACAAUGGAGGGGCAGGCUACGCGAUGAUAACGCUGUCUGGUCUCUUUUCAGCGCCUGUCGAAGCGGUUCAACUGUUGGGAUCGCCUGGAUCGGAAGUUUGUGUAAUCGAUCACAAGGAUCAUCAUGGGGUCGCGGCGGUACAGCCUCUGCGAAUGUCGUUGUCCGCACGACUUCGGAAUGGCAAGUCUUCGCGCAUGAGCUGGCGCAUAACCUUGGAGCUUCUCAUGACUGUACAUCGGGCGAUUGCGGGACUUCAGGAUACUCGCCUUCUGACGACUGCUGUCCCAGAAGUGAGACAACCUGCGAUGCUCGAAACCAGUACAUCAUGAACCCCCAAAGCUCUCCCGGUCUGGAGGAGUUUUCGCCAUGUACUAUCGGCACUAUCUGCACUGGCAUCGGCGAGGAGCACGUUGACACGAGUUGCUUGGUCAGUGAGGACGAGGUGCCCGAUAUCAACGACAGUCAAUGUGGCAAUGGUAUCGUCGAGCCUGGCGAAUCAUGCGACUGUGGUGGUGAAGAACGAUGCCCCGAAGAUUCCUGCUGCAACCCUUCGACCUGCCAACUCCGUAGCGGUGCAGAGUGCGAUCCACUCACAGAUGGAUGCUGCACUGACGAAUGCCAAGUCGCUUCAAGCGGUUUAGUCUGCCGCGAAAGUACAGCCUCCUGCGAUCCCGAAGAGACAUGUGAUGGAAGCUCGAGUCAAUGUCCCGUUGACGUACAGAACUGCGAUGAUGAUGAAGAUUCAGGUAGCAGAGAAGGAGGAUCAGGAAGGAGUUGGUUUGAUAGGAACAGGACGGCUGUCAUUGCGACUGCAUCUUCUGUUGGUGGAGUUAUUCUGAUCUUGGUCCUUUGCGUGAUAUUUUCUUGUAUCAGGAAGAGGAGAAGACAGAGAGGAACGCAAUUGCAGAGUGGAAACAUUAGCGAUGGAUCGAAUGCACCGGCUCUUGAGCAUACGAGAGGUGUUACGCAGAUGCCAAGCGCACCGAGGUUGGUACAUAGAUAUGCAUAG